AUGAGCCUUAUUUGGCUGUUGACUCUUGCGUUGUGCUAUACUGCACAAACGGCACAAGCACUUAGCUGCUGCUGUCAGCCAAUAUGUAUGGUCGCUCGUAUCACCAGUAACGGGGCAGGCUGCGGACCUAAGCCAGCACCUGCACCAUCAUGCCCACCAUGUCCUCCAGCUCAGUGUCCGGCUCCACCGCCAUGCCCUGCUGCUCCUCCACCACCUCCAUGUCCUCCACCACCCCCA